GGUGACUUCACUCUGUCGCUAUUGGUCAUCGGUGUCGGCUUGUUCUCCCACCUGCAAUUGGCCAACCUCGCUUGCGCGCUGCCGGACGUCUGUACCACGGCUGAUUGCCGCCUUCGGAAAAAAAUGUAGUGCAGCAAGACAGGUAGUAUCAGUCAGACGUGUCCUCCUUUAGACGUUGAAGACACCUCUCGUCGCGCCUGUCUCACAUUCGCCGUCAUUUUCGAGAUCAUACUCUAACGUGAAGAUGUCUCUCGCACAGCUCAAGCGCAUCUACACGGCUUUCAACCCGCCCGCUGUGGAGAAGCGCGGCGAUGCCCUGAAGUUUGGAAUCAUUGGCGCAGCCAAUUCGGCGGCCUGGGCUUUGCUCAUUCCCGCCAAAAUGCACCCAGAGGUCGUCGUUCACGCUAUAGCAGCGCGUGACCGCAAGCGUGCUGAAGAAUUCGCAAAGAAGAAUGGCGUCCCCGUUGUAUACGAUUCGUAUCAAGAACUCCUGGACGACCCGGAAAUUGACUGCAUCCUCGUGCCACUACCGAAUUCGCUACACUUCGAAUGGGCCGUCAAGUCUAUCCGCGCCGGGAAACAUGUACUCUUGGAGAAGCCGUCCGUUUCCAAUAGCCACGAGGCGGAGAUACUCUUCAACCUCCCGGAACUGAAUCAGCCAAAAGCACCUGUCAUUCUCGAGGCGUUCCACUACCGCUUCCAUCCCAUUUGGUCUGCUUUCAUGUCUAACGUCACUUCUGCGGAUGUUGUGCACGUGGACACAUACAGUAUGAUCCCAUGGUGGUUCGUCAACAAGGACCACAUUCACUUCAACUACAACCUCGCGGGGGGGACCAUGAUGGGCAUGGGCACAUACAACUUUGCAGCACUGCGCCUCAUAUUCGGCGCUGAGCCUGAAGAGUGCAUUAGUGUUGACGUCAAGGCACUUACCGAAGGGGUCCAUCACGACUGCGACACCGAGUUCAAAGCCAAAUUCCGCUUCCCCAAUGGCUGCAUCGGCGAGGCGUUCAGCACACUGCAAGGGCCUACGAUCUGGCAUCCGUCAUAUGCGAGGGUGACGCACCGCCAGGUCGAAGUCGAGGACAAGACACUUCCAUCAUCGCAAAAGAAGUUUGUAACUCGCGAAGUAACCCUCCACGGCUUUAUCCAUGCCAUAUUCUGGCACCGUCUUGACAUUAAGGAAUCCUAUGAGAUCCGCGACAAAGACACAGGCAGAGUCGUGAAAAAGUGGACCGAGAGCAGGUGGCAGAAAGCGCAUACUGCGAAGGAGGCCGGAGUGGAUCUUGGGAAGACUGAAAGUGAGACCUACUGGAUGUCAUUCCGAUACCAGCUGGAAGCAUUUGUCAAUCGUGUCAAGGGACGCGAGACAGCGUACUGGGUCGACCGCGAGGAUUCGGUGCGCCAGAUGAAGAUGGUUGACAUGGCCUAUCAGAAGAGUGGAUUGGGUGUCAGGCCGACGAGUAAAUUCCAAGCGAACUGAGCACUUAGGAAGCGAUUUGAGGAAAGGUAUCAAGGAAAUACAGCUCAAAUAGAGAAUUCAAUUUGAAGUCCGGUGGCAAGAUCCAGAUUCAUGGCGGUAUUGAUGAGCGUAGGGGUGCCAUGCUAGUGACGCUGGUGGGAGAAGGCUUCCAUUCAAACACUCUUUCCUCUGAAUCCCUGUGACCUGUUGAAAUUACGUAGCAAGUAUACUACAGAUGCAAUGAC